UUUCCAUUUGUUUUGCACCUUUUUUUGGAAGAAUAGUGGGUGUGCACCGCAAUUGCAACUAAUUUAUUGUUCAGGAAUGCGAUGCCUGCAAGAAUCAGCAAUCACGCGGAAUUGAUUUCUGGCAUUAGCAAUAUGAGUUUGCCCAGUCCUGAUGUUCCUUCAGCAAAAAUGUGGAGUGCUUCUAAUGGAGCUCGGGGUUUUUCGGCGAAGAGCAUGAGAAGUAAAGUGGAGAAGCGGAUGCAGAGGGAGUCCGGCAAAACCCUAAGGGAAAUUCGAAGGGCUAAAAAGUUGAGGAAGAAAUUGAUGACUGAUGAAGAACGCCUAAUCUACAAUCUCAGAAGAGCAAAGAAAAAGGUUGCUUUGCUUCUUCAGAAGCUGAAAAAGUAUGAGUUGCCAGAGCUUCCGCCUCCUCGUCAUGACCCAGAGCUGUUGACUCCAGAGCAGUUACAGGCAUACAAGAAGAUUGGCUUCAGGAAUAAAAACUAUGUUCCUGUUGGUGUUCGUGGAGUCUUUGGAGGGGUUGUUCAAAACAUGCACCUUCAUUGGAAGUUCCAUGAAACAGUGCAAGUUUGUUGUGAUAAUUUCCCCAAGGAAAAAAUUAAGGAGAUGGCAACAAUGUUGGCGAGGUUGAGUGGUGGAAUUGUGGUCAACGUACACAAUGUGAAAACUAUUAUCAUGUUCCGUGGCAGAAAUUAUCGCCAACCAAAGAAUUUGAUACCUAUCAACACCCUUACCAAAAGGAAGGCACUAUUCAAGGCUCGAUUUGAACAAGCUCUUGAAUCCCAGAAACUUAACAUAAAGAAAACAGAACAAGAGCUCCGCAGGAAGGGGAUAAAUCCUGAUGAUCCAGUUGCCAUGGCGAGCAUCCAGAGAGUGGCCUCCACAUUUUUCAAUGCUAUUGACAAGAGAGAAGGAAGUCCCUAUGUCUUUCGGGAGGACAAAACAACACAAGUGGAAUCUGAGGGCCUUAGACAUCCUCCAGAUGCUGGAGAUGACAGUGACCAGGAGGAGCUUGAUCGCUUCAUUGCUGAGAUAGAAGAUGCUGCUGAUAAAGAAUGGGCUGCAGAGGAAGCAGCAGAAAAAGAAGAACUUGGCCGUAUUAGAUAUUGGAAUAGAGAAGAUUUUGGUGGCAGAUACCGAAGAUCUGAAGGGAUUAGAAGUGAGGAUUCAGAUGAUGAAAAUAGGGGAAGGAUGAGAAACUGGAAACAGAUGCAUGGGAGGACAGUUGCUGACAGCGAUGGCGGAGAUGGAAUUGUUUCUGACCUGGAUGAUGAAUGGGACUCCAAUGAUAUUGAAGAAGUGGAUCAUGGGAGUGAUGGUGAUGACUCUGAGGAAGUUGUUGGUAAAUUUGCUGCAAGUAAACGGGAGAGGUGGCAGCAUCAUAAAAAUGGUAGACCCAACAGCAACGGUUUCAAGGGAAAUGAAAUUGACUUCAACAGUAGGAAGAGAAAUAAUACCGUUUCAAAAGAUGUAUUGAGUGACCUGGAAGAUGUAGCUUCAGAAUCAGAGGGGGAAGGACAAAACAUGAGAGAUUUUAGGGGUUCAAUUUACAAUUACAGGAGCAGUACUGAUGACGAGGACUAUGAGCAAUUGCAGGGACAGAAGAGAAGUAAUUCCAAGAGAGGUUCAAAUAGAGGUACUGCAGUGGAGUUUGAGAGGAAUUCUACGUACGAUGACUUGUUCAGUGAACCAGAGGAAUCAGAUGCCACAUCAGGAGAAGAAUGUGAUAAUCACAGCAGCAAUGGUGAAGGCAGAAGAUAAGAAAGAAAAUACUGAAAAAUGUUGAAAAUUCUGAAAGGAUGAAAAUCUCGGGAU